AUGUGUAGUUGCUCCUAUUUCAAGAGGAUAUCGAUCCUUGAAACUGUGUCUAAGCUUAAAUUUGUGACUGUGAUGUUGGAUCUUGAGUGUUAUGCACUUGUUAUUGAAAUGUUCCGACAUUUUCUCAAGGUUAUAAGAGAUCAUCAUCCAACGGAAGUUCCCCAAGUAUCACGGAGGUUGGCAGAACACGUUUUGAGUAACUGUGCUAGUAAACUCAAAACAUACCUGACUGAAGCGGUAAAAUCAUCGGGUGUCUCUUUAAAUAUGUAUAGUAAUGUAGUGGCUUCAAUAUGUGAAGGGACAUUCAGUUCUUUGAAGGAGAACAAGGUUGUGGCAAAUCCUGCACGCUUGUUUUCUUCAGUGCAAGAUUUGCCAUCUAAGAAAACAAGUGUGGAGGAAAACAGAUGUGCAGCAGAAGCUGGUCAUCGUCAGGAAAGUUGUCCUACAAAGGCUAUAAAGCGGAAGAAAAAAGAAAUCUCAACGAAGAAGGCCAUACCAGCUGCGACUACAAGUGCUACCAAAGCAACUUCCGAAGAACUAAACACUAUCGAAGCUAAAUUGACAAAAAAGUGUGAAAAUGUCGCUUCUUCAAGUACGGCCAAGCCUACUGUUCCUCCCACAAAGAAAACAACCUCCGUGAAAAAAGGCACUUGA